AUCUGUUUCCGCUCAAUUUCCCGAUGAGGAAUUCUCGAAGCAGAUUAAUGAAUUAGCUCUCCGGUUUCAGGUUUCCGAUGACGUUGAAAGUAACCGAAACUACGACGGUUUGGAAUCGGAAUUGGAAUUGGAGUGGCAGGGGGAUAUGAUUCCGGCGAGUAUAGAACGGAAAGCAAACAGUGUAGAUCUACCGUUUUCGCUACGAAUAAUUAAGCGAAAAAAACAAUGUAUAAAAGAAGCAGGUGAAUCGGCUUAUUGUUCAGUGAAAAAAGCGUUUUCAUCAAUGGUGUUUAUAAUCCGUGAGCUUCAAAGCUACACGUUACAGAUGAGAGAGCUUUUAUAUUACGAAGAUUUACAGCAUAUAUUAGUCAGAGUUCAAAAGGAGAUGAACGCCUCUUUUGUUUGGUUGUUUCAGCAGGUGUUUUCACAAACACCUACUUUAAUGGUGUAUGUUAUGAUUCUGUUAGCUAAUUGCAGCGUCCAUUCAAUGUCACACAACUUUGCGAUUGCAUCGGAAACCACAACUGUAACCACCACAACAGUGGAGUCAUUUUCCGAAACUAAAUUUGAUUCAUCGUCUGUGAAAACAUUUGUUACGAAUUCGGGUGGGAAAAUUGUGGUCGAGGCGAGUCGAGGAGGGGGAUGGUGGGUGGAGGAAUCUGAUCGGAGAACGGAGGCUCCGGCGUCGUGGAGGGUGGAGGAGGGUGAUGGUAGUAGUUUCAUUGCAUGCACACUAGACAUUCUGGAAGAUCAUCACCAUUAG